AUGGGCACGGGAGAUAGACUGCUGGACAUCCCAUGCAAAGUGUGCGGAGACCGAAGUUCCGGAAAACACUAUGGAAUUUACAGCUGCGAUGGUUGUUCCGGGUUCUUCAAGCGCAGCAUCCACCGUAACAGGGUGUACACGUGCAAGGCGACCGGCGAUCUGAAAGGACGGUGUCCGGUGGACAAAACCCACAGAAACCAGUGCAGGGCAUGCAGGCUCUCCAAGUGUUUCCAAGCCAGCAUGAACAAAGACGCCGUGCAGCACGAGCGAGGCCCUCGCAAACCGAAAAUGCAGUCGAUGCCGGGCAGCGCAAACGCCUCGCACCAUCAUCAAUCGACCAACAUGCUUCAGUCGCACGGACUUCAGCUCCCGCUGCCUGACGGCACCAAGCUCACCCCGUCAGGGACCAGCGGUUCCUUUCAAUUCGCCUCUACUAGUCUCUUCGUCCCUCCACACCAUCCGCUCAAAGUUCUGACGUUUCCACCACCCCAGCCCGUAUCCAGUCCGGGGCAGGGCCACGUGGACGGAUCUGGUAUACCGCCGCCGCUGUUCCACCAUCCCCAUCUGCCCCCGCCACCGGGCUUGCUGCACGUCCUCAUGUCCGCCGAGAAAUGUCAGGAGUUGGUGUGGGGCACGAAAUUGUCGCAGAUAGAGUCGUCUGCCUCGGAAUCGAGUAGCGGCUUGAGUCUGUCUAGUCCAGGACUGCCUAUCGCGCAGCCCAGUCCGACCCUGGCGCCGUUAUCGUUGACACCCACGUGGGAAAUGCUCCAGGAGACCACGGCCCGAUUACUGUUCAUGGCAGUGCGUUGGGUGAGGUGCCUGGCGCCUUUUCAGACGCUGAGCAAACAGGAUCAGCUGCUGCUGCUGCAGGAAUCCUGGAAAGAAUUGUUUCUACUGCAUUUAGCGCAAUGGUCGGUACCGUGGGAUUUAUCGGCCCUUUUAGGCUGUAGCCAAGCUAGAGAGAGGCUUCCCAAUGACGUACACACCGCAACGGAGAUAAAGACCAUACAGGAAAUAAUGUGCCGUUUCCGGCAAAUCUCACCCGACGGUAGCGAGUGCGGCUGCAUGAAGGCCAUCAUCCUUUUCACACCAGAAACGGCCGGCUUGUGCGACGUCCAGCCCGUGGAGAUGCUCCAGGACCAAGCCCAAUGCAUUCUGGGAGAUUACGUGAGGAUGCGGUACCCGAGACAACCUACCAGGUUCGGAAGGCUUCUUUUGCUGGUACCAAGCCUGCGGGCCAUACGGUCGCUGACGGUGGAACUGCUAUUUUUCAAAGAAACCAUAGGUGAAAUACCCAUCACCCAGCUGCUGGGGGACAUGUAUUAUAUGGAAAAGUGUGCUGCCGGACAGUGA